AUGACAACAACACCAACUACAUCAUCAUCAUCAUCAUCAAUUACAUUUGACUCAUUCAAUCCAAUAAAGUACUUGAGACAGAGCGAACAGGCAAAGUUGAACAUACCAACUUGGUUACGUACAAUACAGAGCACUAUAUUGGAUACAGACUUCUUGGAGCUCAUUAGAAAUGUUGCUGAAGCAGUCUCACGUGAAGAAGAAGAUCGCAUCAUCUCAGCACAGCUCAUCAAACUCAAACAAGCAUUCUCUCAAACUGAUCAAUCGAGAGAGAAGAAGAGAGAAUGUUUGAUUAGGAUGAUAUACUGCCACAUGCUUGGAUAUGAGGUGCCGUUUGGACAUGUACAGGCACUUAAUAUGACACAGGAUCCAUUGAUGUUGAAUAAGAGAACUGGUUAUUUGACAUUGUCUUUGUGUCUACCAGAGAAGCAUGAGUUGCUUAUUAUGGCAGUCAACUCUAUAUUGAAAGGAUUGUCAAGUACAAACUACCUAGAGGUGUGCUCAGCACUGACAGCCCUGUGCAAAUUGGUCGAUGUCGAGACCAUCCCAGCAUUCGUACCCAAGGUGGUCGCACUGCUCUCAAACAACAGCACCAAGCCACUGGUACGCAAGAAGUGUGUGAGUGUACUACAUCGCUUCUGGUUGUUGGCUGGCGCCGACAUGCUCGAGCAGGUACAAGAUCGACUGCGCAUCUCACUCAGCGAUAAAGAUCCCUCGGUCAUGGCGGCAUCACUAUGCUUCUUUUUGGAUAUAUCGGCGCGACCAGACACUGCGCACACCAUCAAGGAUCUCAUCCCAUCGUUUGUCAGCAUACUGAAGCAGGUGGCAGAGGGUCGUCUACCCGGCCACUACAUCUACCACGGUGUCUGUCAUCCCUGGCUACAAAUCAAUCUUCUCAAGCUACUCUCCAACCUUGGUGCCAACGACCCCAAGGCCUCCGAUCAAAUGUACCAAGUGAUCCUAUUCACAAUAUCCCUGGCACUCAAGUACAAGAACAAUGCAGGCUUAGUGAUUGUACCGAAUAGCAAUGCAUUGGAGUCAUCAGUGAAGCAUGUUUCAGUGUUGUUGGCAUCGAGACAUAACAAUUUGAGAUACUUGGGCAUCAAGGUAUUGACUUCAAUCGUCAAGGUCGCACCCAAAUGCGUGACACAAUACCAAUUGGAUGUGAUCGAGUGUCUUGAAUCCACCGAUGAGACACUGAAGCGAAAAAGUCUAGAUCUACUAUAUCGCAUGACAAACAGCAAGAACAUCGUGCCGAUAUGCGCCAAGUUGAUGAACCAUCUCGUGUCGACGGGCGACCAACAGCUAAAGCGUGAGCUCGUGUCAAAGAUCUCUGAUCUUGCCGAGCGCUACUCCCCCAACGACUAUUGGUACAUCGAGACUAUGAUACGAAUGCUCAACAUUGAGGGCCAGCUUGUGCAGCCACCGGCUGCCUACAACCUCAUCAGAUUGAUCGCUGGUGGUAGUGGCCAAGAUGACAACGAAGCCGAAGACAUCAAGAUCAAGCAACACGCCGUCAAGCUAUGUCUAGUCGCGAUUGACUCACUGGGGCCUCUAACUCAGCAGCACACCUCCAACACAACAGCAAACGAACUGCUGCUCAAGGUGCUCGCAUGGGUGUUGUCAGAGUACUCAUACUUGUUGCUUGGCGAGAUAUCGAUCGAAUCAGUCAUCAAUGCACUCUGCGAUCAAAUGGACAAGGAGUACAGUGGCGAGGCAAAGUCAUGGAUACUUGGAGGCCUAGGCAAGCUCACGUCACAAGUUGGCCGCUUGCUGCCUCAGGUGUCGAUCGUGGCCAAGAAGUACAUCGCCUCACGUUCAUUGAUCGCACAGAGAAAGGCAAUGGAGCUGAUGGAGAUGGCAACGAUGCCAAAGGCAAUGAUGGAGGAGGUGAUGCCAACAGACUCAUUCUGCGAAGACAUUGACCUUAAGCUUUUUGCUCGACACUGUGAUGUCUAUGCCAAGAAAGCUGUUGCCAAGGGUGCCAAGACAUACAAGCCCAAUCAAAUAAGAAGGACCACCAACAACAAGAACAACAGCAUCAUUCAAUUAGUCGAUCUCCCUUCGAUAUCACCUCAGACAACAGGUAGUUCCACUUCACAGGCACCCAAGAAGGAGCUCAACUUUGAGUAUCCAUCACCGCCAUCAUCAUUCACAAUGCAACAACAGAAGAUGUACCCGACUCAAUCAUUCUUCUCCAGUCCACAGGCACAACACUCAUCAUCUCCACCUUCCUCACAGUUGGUCGAGGUCGAUGCUGAGCCCAUGCCAAUGCCCACAAACAUGUCACACGAGGCAUUGAACCAACCAAACACCAACAGUCCUCGCAACCAACAACAACUACAACAGCAUCAGACUGAGGUGAUGCCAAGUGUUCCAAAGUCCGCCAAGGUGGUAUGGACAAAGAAAGGAUUCGUCGGACAAACAGCACCUCCACCUCAACAGACACAACUCUUACAACAACCAAACUUGGCUGCUCCUCCUGUUGCUUCACAACCUCAGGUGUCUCCACAACAGCCACCAACACAACAACCUCCAACUACUGCUGUUGUUCAACCCGAGAGGCCACAGCGUGUGGUUGAUCCCAAGAAGGAGAAGAUGGCCAAAGAACUAUUUGGUGGCUUGUCGAACGAUGAUGAAGAAGAUGACGCCAAUCAAUCAAGAGUGUCAAGUCGAUUGAACAGAGCUAAGAACAAGACUACACACGACUCCCCUGACCAGUCACCAAUCUCCUCAGCGGCAUCCCUUUUGGUCAAUCUUGAUCUUUCAAACAUGUCCUCCAAGCCAGCACCAAUCAGUGGCAGUACACCACCAUCAAAGAAAACACCAUCAGUUCAUUAUCCAUUGUUGGAUUUAGAGUCACCAUCUCCCGCUGCCAAACAAUCGCCCAUUCAUUCAUUAUUGAUGGAGUUGACACCAACCACCUCAUUGAUGGAUGAGGACCACACUUCAGCGGACUCAACCAAUCAACUGGCGACGCAACAACAGCAUUCUCCGCCACUCCCCGUAUCCACUCCUCUGGCAACACAAAUCAAUGCUGGCACUUCAUUUACAAUGAACAAUCUCACACUUACACCAUUGCUCAAGAGAUAUAUAUCAUCAACGUCAUCAAACCAACAACAACAACUGUACAGUGAUCACAAUAUAGUAGUAUCGAUCGUUAAGCAGUGGCACAACUCACAGCUCACAGUACUCAUGCUGAUAUCAAACAAUCAAUCGACCAAGCCUCUAAAGUCAAUCAACAACAUCAUAGUUGGUAACGAUCAUCUCAAGAUUGAGUUUGAUGGCGACUCCAUCGUAUCGAUCAAACAGCAAAAACAAGAGCAGAGACAGCAACAAGCAGUAUUGCUGUCUGUUGAUGAACUGCCUCCAAAGCUCACUGUGGUCAGCAUUGUAAAGGUCGACUUGAAGAAGGUUGGCUAUGGAAUAGUGUUGUCAUCAACGAUAGAGUAUAGGAUUAGCGAUAACAAUCAACAACUCAAACUACCCAGCCUCUCGAUACCAAUUGAGAUCACAGACUUCCUUCGACCACACGAGUUAUCCAAGGAGCAGUUUGAUCAGCUUUGGACAUCAUACAUACAGGACCGAGAGAUAAUAGUGGAUCGAUCACUACACACAAGGGCAAACCAAUUGGUGCCAUACUUCACAAGGGGACUUAGUCUCCACAUGGUCGACAGUGUCCAGCAGGACAAGGACAAGGACGAGGAGGCAUACGGUUGCAGCAAACUGGUUAUGAGUGCUGGUGUCAACAUUGCAGCGGGUGGGAUUGUGCUGUUCCGCAUGUGUCUUGCACCUGGAAAGAUAUCGAUCAGUGUCAAGACGAACGACAAGAACUUUUCAGAUGUAGUAUCCAGACAUUGUUAUCGAAUUCACAACUCAACAUUGGUAUCACUUGCCGCAACCUCAGUAGCAACAGCGAACAAAUAG